GGCAGCCGGCACGACCUAAUUCAUUUGACAUUCUCCGGCUAAGUCGCCAAGAAAAGGCAAAUGAGCAGAGCGAUGCUGGAGACACACAGUCAGGCUUUGUUUGUAGUCCCAAAGAUGGUGAAAGUCCCGCCUUCCUGGGCUCUUUCAGUCUUCAACUCCUCUGUUCUUCAGGGUGUCCAUCACAGUAGCCAUUCCGUUUCCUUAGUCCUACAACAUCUCCUUCACUCCAACAUGGUAUCGGAUGCGCAGUCGCUUCUUCAGCGGGUACUUUCUAAUCGAAUCUCUUCACCUUUCUUCUCUGUUUCAUCUCUCCUCCAGUAUUUAACACAACCCAGCUUGAAUUCAACCUCAUCAGUUAGUGCCCUUGUAUAUGAGUCCAUUGUCAAUGCCCAUGUUCAUUCCCAGUUAUCAGAUAAUGCUCUGUUCUACUUCAAUCAAAUGCUUGAGAGAGGCCUUGCUCCUGGAGCCGUGACAUUCAAUAACCUGUUGGGUUGUCUUGUUAAGGCAGGCUGUUAUGAAAGGUCCUGGAAUUUUUUCCAAGGAGUGAAAGGGAGGGUUGAAACUGAUGUGUACAGUUUUGGGAUAAUGGUGAAAGGUUGUUGCGAGUCUGGUGAUUUAGAUAGAGCUUUUAAGGUUCUGGCCCAGUUGGAGGAGAUGGGUCUAUCUCCAAAUGUUGUUAUAUACACUACUUUAAUUGAUGGCUGUGGUAAGAAGGGUGAUAUUGAAAGGGCAAGAUUGCUGUUCAAUAAAAUGUGGGAGUUGGGUUUGGCUGCUAAUGAGUAUACUUACACUGCUUUGAUUAAUGGACUCUUUAAGAAAGGACUCAGAAGAGAUGGGUUUAAGUUGUACGAGAAGAUGCAGCUGAGUGGAGUGCUUCCUAAUCUCUAUACCUAUAAUUGCUUGAUUAAUGAGUACUGCAAUGAAGGGAAAAUGGACAGAGCUUCUGCUAUGUUUGAAGAAAUGUGUGAAGGUGGCAUUGUGGCUAACGUGGUUUCAUACAAUAUUCUUAUUGGUGGGAUGUGUAAAGAUAUGAGAAUCUGGGAAGCAGAGAAGCUUGUCAGUCGAAUGAAAGGUGCAGGUGUUGUUCCAAACUUGAUCACAUAUAACAAUAUCAUAGGUGGAUUUUGUAGCACGAGAAUGUUUGACAAGGCUUUGAGUUGGUUAGAUGAAAUGCAGUUGAAUGGGCUAUCGCCAUCGUUGGUUACCUACAAUGUUCUUAUUCAGGGGUAUUCUAAUGCUGGUAAUUUAGAGAGAGUGACUGCUUUGGUCCGGGAGAUGGAAGACAGAGGUUUCACUCCUUCUGCGGUGACAUAUACAAUCUUAAUUAAUACUUAUGUGAAGUCUGGGGAUAUGGAGAAAGCAUUUCAACUUUUGUCCUCUUUGAAGAAUGCUGGUUUGGUUCCUGACGCCUACACUUACGGAGUGUUGAUAAAUGGAUUCUGCAAAAGUGGGAACAUGAAAGAUGCUGCAAAAGUAUUUAGAUCCAUGAGAGAAAUACCGUUGGAGCCUAGUGAUGUAAUAUACAACACAAUGAUUAAUGGAUACUGCAAUGAAGGUAGCUCCUACAGGGCCUUGAGGUUGCUUGAGGAAAUGGAGGGUAAAGGAUUAGUUCCAAAUGUGGCUAGUUAUAACUCUACCAUUGCAGUCUUGUGUAAGGAUGGGAAAUGCCAACAUGCAGAAGUGUUAUUGAACAGUAUGAUUGGUAAAGGAUUAAAGCCUAACGUUUCCAUCUAUAAUAAGAUCCAUGAAGCCAGAUGUGCCUUAGAUUUGAAGAUUUGAAGGACGGAAGGAAACAGGGGAAGUGGAGAACCAAUGUCCUGUGGCUUCUGGAGUGAAAAAAACUGAUCUGUUACUGUGAUGUGCAAGCCUAGAUUUGCUCUUGGACAGUUAAGUAAUGCUUAAGCACCAAAUCUUUUCUUUCUGUGGUUGCUUGAUGUAUAGAACAACCACCUUCCCCUAAAUUUAAUCGACACUUGUUUAUAUAAACAUUAGGUAGAAAUACAGAUGUCGGUUGUACAUUACUGAUAUUGCUGGUUUCGGAGUUUCUUCUUCAGAAAAAUUGCUUGUACCCUUCUCAGUACUACUUAGUAUAGAUGAGUGUUUCUCGAUCUUGCCGAAGACUAAAUUCUCAACUUCUAACCAAAGGAAAUGCAAAGAAACUGUUGAAAUGUAGCUGAGAGAUACUGUUUUAAUUGCUGUCAUGUCCAUAGAUGACAAAUUUGGAGGUUGAAGUGUUUAAGCAUAGCUGGAAAGGAAAUUGCCGGGAUGAACAAUGAGGUAGCCCUACUUAGUACUGACCACUAGCUGUUCAUUUACUUGGGAGUAGUUAUGUAGUCUGCAUAUUGAAAAUACAACUUCCCUUUGUUUUCUGCUCAUAUUUAUACUAUUUCUGCCUGCCUGUUGCUGUGAGGGAUGCAGGACGUUCUACAUGGAUUAUGAUUCUUUUGAUUCUUUUUGUAUGUUUCAGGCCGCAAGCUGCUGCUAAGUGCUAAGGAAGGACAGAUGAGCAGGUUCCACUCAGAUAUGUUAAAGGACAACUCGGACAGGGUCAUAAAACUAAAACAUGGCGCUGGGAGUUCUGAUUCAUCUAACUCUGGGGUAAGCUGAAAGUUAAGAAGGGAUGCAGGCCAAAUGCAUUAAGCAGUAACACGUCGGAAUGGGAUUGCUAAUUCCAACUUGAGGAGGAUGUGCAUAAAUGCUUAGUAGGUGAUUUCACGGUUUCAGGUUCCAACUGAACAACCAGUGGGCCUUUGCUUAUAAACGUCGUGGGUGCGAGGAAUGAGAGUAGGAAAUGGACAGUUCGAAGGCUGAAUCAGUCACAGAGCCCCAGUGACAGAGUCCCAUCACGAGGUAAACUGCAGGUGCACCAGCUUUGACAAUCUCUGGUAUGAACAUAGAACAAGUUUGACAGAUCAGUAAGGCUGAGCAUCGCGACUGUAGCUCAACAAAUGGUCGGUUUUGAUGGUAAUGGCGAUGUAAAACAAGUAUAAAAUUGGUUUUACAAUUUCUUAUAUGUAGAUCACCUAAUAUAUUUGCUGUUGUAUUUAUGUUUUCUCUUCCUUUUUCCUCACUUAUAAUAAACCACCUUCUUGUCCUUUGUUUCAUCCAAUUCUACCAGACUACUGGAAGUAGAAAUCAUUGCAUUCUAAUAAAUUUUCUCAGAUUAGCACAUUGUCUUUGUUAGAAAAGCUACCUGGUGGUGGUGACUCAGAGGUCCACUGCAAACCAGACUUUGGCAAUGGAAAAGAGUGGUCAAGAAGAAAGGGAAACUAUAUAUAUAAAUUCAGACAUCCCCACAGAAUCUCUUUUCUUCUUACAGACAACUUUUUUUCCCCUAAGAGUUAACUUUCCAAUCACGUAAGGGUUACUUUUGACGUAACCCAUAAUACCUGAAGUAGUGAAAACUUGAACAUUCACCCAAUUGAACUAAACACUGGGUGGGUGGUGGGAUUGGUGUAGAUUUCGAUUCAGAAGCUUAAUGGAUGCGAGUUUCGAUAGUUGUUGCUCCUCUAACACGAUCGAGGUGGCCAUUGGAUUGUCAAAUGCGUAAGAUUUGGAUUCAGAAGUUUUUGAGUUUGUGAUUUGAUAGUCGUCACUUCUAUUUUACUUUUUAUGACGCCUACUAGCCGGCAUGGUUAUUGUACCUUGUCUAAUUCGUCUUAUGAACUUGUUGGUUGCGCGUAGUUUUUUUUUAAUGGCUUUGGAGCCUAAUUAAUUAACUAAUUACGUACUUGAUGAUCAUCAGCAUGCACUCACUAUUCACGUGGGAUUCAAUAGUGAAAUUAAAAGCAUAUUUUAAUUGCAAAUGCUGCUCGACCUAACCGUCCAUUAACUCGAUUUAACAAACCAUUUAAGCCCCCUAAUCAGUGUGUUAAUAUAUGUGAACAACUCACUUUUUUACUUAUGGGCAGCCUUUAUGUUAUUAUAAUCUUAUUAUAAACGUUCUCAAACCCUGGCAUUGAUCUUUUUGUAAGAUUAACUCUCCCAAUACAAUGAACGUCCUCAAUCAAAUGAACUCUCCCAAUACACCACAUUAUUGAAGAAACCUACAAAGUUUACAAAAUUAACUCUACAAAUGAUAAUAUCAAGGUUUUACGCGUCGAUUUAUGAGCAGUUCACUUUGGUGGAUAACAGGGCUGCUCUAAAAUCGACAAAUCCAUAAAGGAAAAAGAUCAAC